CCGCCAAGUCCUGCAAGGCACUCCUCAGGAACAGCGAUUUGAUUGGCUCUAGACUUUGGGCCAGAAGGGUCUCGAGGAGUGCGGCUAUCAAACCGAGGGCUCGAUGAACGGCCCUGAUCAGAAACAUGGGACGACAGCUCCCUGUGUUUUGGAGCCAAUUGUCUAGUUGACGUGACACCACCUGAGAAGACCGAGAAACCCAGCGACCCAGACGGCAGCCUGGAAAGGCAUCACAGGAUACCCGCUGCUGCUGCGUUGCGCGGUUGUGGAUGUAGUUCGAGUAUAAUAGAAUUGGACUUCGCACUGCCAUUUUCCUGUUCCAAACGUCAACGACCGCUGACGCUAUCGUCUGGUAAAGAAACCUACCUUGUGAGCAAAACCCAACUUCACAUCUGGACACACACCUGCAAACCAACCCUUGGUGCAGUUGAUGCAUCAACCCCCCCUGGUCCGCCUGUUUGCUUGAGAACUGCGGCGCGGUCGUGAUAUUUCCACUCCAUCCGCCCCGCAUUCAAGAAAAUUAAGGUGACGUCUGAAGGGGGCCAAGAAGCCGGGACCAGCACCCUGGAUUCUGAUCCCCUCAACCUGACGCUCCAGCUUGGGCCCCACCCGUGGCCGGCUGCUAAGAACACCAUCCUUCCUUUCUCUAUGCUCACCUUUCAACUCUUCACCUUUUCUUCUCUGGUGUGACCCGUGGACUGCAUCCUUCUCACAACCACUUCCUCACCUUCUCUUCUUCCCCCAACACUCCUUUUGAAGUUUUACUUCAGUCCACUCCUUACCAACUGUUCGCCAUCUCUGGUCUCUCGACUUCUUCGACUUUUGUGCCCUGCUCGAUUUGGCGACUUUCCACUCCUUCUCAAACCAAAACAUCAACACCUCUCUUGACGGCGGCGCUGUCGUUUGGUGUUAGGGCGACCUCGGAAUCCUGUGGCUACUGCGGUACUCGUGAACCCUGGUUGUGGACGACGACAAGUAUCGUCACGCAUUCUUUUCUCGUCACUCCUUCCACUAGCAGUCUCCUCGACGGACCGGUGCGGCAAGUCAAGACGUCAUCUCGAUCCAGCUCAGCGGACCGACGACUGUCUCACAACAACGAACGAUCCCAUCGACAUCCUUGAAGGAUCAAGCAACGACAGCAGUGCUGCCCUCAACCUGGCUCUGGGUACAUAACUCCCCAUCUCAGACCCAUCCCCUUACGACCAAUCCAUCAUUCAGACCCGAACUAUCAUCACUCUAGACACGCCGAUUUCACAAAUAUGAAGUCCUCAGCGAUGCUCGCCGCCUGCGGCGCUAUUCUGGCUGCUGCCAGCCCCAUCCUCCAGGAGCGUCGCCUUAUUGUUCACAGUAAGGUCGUCAUUGAAUGGGUUACCGUCACUGUCACCGAAGGCGAGCAGCCCACUCCGGCUGUGUUCAGCGUGGCUCGUCGCCCCGCUCAGCGCACCACUACUACUACCAUCGCGACCACCACGUCUGCCGCCCCCCCCCCGCCGCCUCCUCCCCCUCCGGCUCCCAGCACGAGCGCUGCUCCUGAGCCGGUUGUUGUUGUUGAGCCUGCUCCGGAGCCUGAGCCUGCUGCACAGGCCCCUCCCGUUGUGGAAGCCCCUGCCCCCGUGGUUGAGUCCCCGGCCCCCGUCGUCGAGGCUCCUGCUCCCGUCGUUGAAGCCCCCGCCCCUGCCGUGUCUACUCAAGCCCCCGCUUCGGCCCCAUCUCCGGCCCCAGCUCCAGUGAAGGUCGAGGCCUCCAGUGACUAUCAGAAGGCUGUUCUUGAGAGCCACAAUGUGCACCGUUUUAACCACUCCGCUGGUGCUCUCGAGUGGGGACAGCAGUAUGCCGACUCUGCCAAGGUUCUUGCCCAACGUUGCAAAUUUGAGCACGACACGAGCAUCAACGGUGGUGGCUACGGCCAAAAUCUUGCCAUGUGGGCCGCAUCUGCUAAUGUUGACAAAGUCGACCCAGCUGCUGCUGCUGCUCGCGCCAUCUCUAACGGCUGGUACAAUGACGAGCUUGAGCUUUUCCCUGCCAGCGAAUAUGGCCGUGCCAACCCUAGCGCCCAGGCUCAAGCCACCUUCUCCAAGUGGGGGCACUUCACCCAGCUUGUCUGGAAGGACUCCAAACAGGUUGGCUGCUUCACCGCUCGCUGCCCUGUCGGCACGCUUGUCUCCAACAUGGAGUCUCUGUACACUGUCUGCAAUUAUUUCCCUGUUGGAAACAUGGGCGGAGCUUACGGCAAGAAUGUGCUGCCUCCCCUUGGCCAGCCUAUCUCCAUCGCCGCUUAA